UUGUAGUUUAAUUUGUACACUCGGAUUUUGAAAAUAGUAGCUUAAUUCUUCCACACCGCCAAAACCCUAAUUCUCAAAUCCCUCCAAAACCCCUCCUCUGAAACCCCCUCUCCCUCCAAGAAAUCUCCCCCACACUUCAAAAAAUCUGAAUUCUAUGUCGACGAGCUCCGCAUAAUAUCUGUAUCAGUCAAUCUAGGGCUUGAUUUCGCUGUUCUUAAUGUUCAAGCCCUAGGGUUUAUCUUCACCAGAACCGCGAUUCUUAAGAAAGAAGAGAGAGAAAGGUUGAUUAUUUAUUUGAAUUUUCUACUGCUACAAGAUGGUUGCUUGGGAAAACGAGGUGGUGAUGCGUGACGUCACCAAUGCGGGUCUGGUUGUCAGCGACCGAAUCGGCCGUGAAAUUGCUGGGCAUGUGGAUCUUGAGGAAGCUUUAGAAGCUUCUAGAUACUCUAGUCACCCGUAUACGUCUCACCCCCGCGAGUGGCCUCCUUUGGUUGAAGUUGUGGACACAUGGGAGUUGCCCCCAGUGUUAAUUGAAAGAUACAAUUCAGCAGGCGGAGAGGGUACAGCUUUAUGCGGUAUAUUUCCAGAAAUACGAAGGGCAUGGGCAUCAGUAGACAACUCUUUAUUUCUUUGGAGAUUUGAUAAGUGUGAUGGCCAAUGUCCUGAAUAUAGUGGGGAAGAACAAGCUAUCUGUGCUGUUGGUCUGACAAAAGCCAAGCCUGGUAUAUUUGUUGAAGCCAUUCAGUAUCUUCUAGUUUUGGCAACUCCUGUUGAGCUGAUACUUGUUGGAGUAUGUUGUUCUGGAAGAAGUGAUGAAACUGAUCCAUAUGCAGAGGUUUCCCUUCAGCCACUGCCAGAAUAUACCAUUUCAUCUGAUGGGGUGACUAUGACUUGCAUCACUUGCACCGAUAGGGGUCAUAUAUUUCUGGCUGGCCGUGAUGGUCACAUUUACGAAUUGCAAUAUACGACUGGUUCAGGUUGGCAAAAGCGCUGUCGAAAAGUGUGCCUAACUGCUGGUCUAGGAAGUGUUAUUUCAAGGUGGGUUGUGCCUAAUGUUUUUAAAUUUGGAGCUAUGGAUGCAAUUGUUGAGAUGGUUGUCGAUUCUGAGAGGCAUGUGUUAUAUGCACGUACGGAGGAGAUGAAAAUACAAGUCUUCUCUCUUGGACCAAAUGGGGAUGGACCACUCAAGAAAGUGACAGAAGAGAGAAACUUAAUCACUCAGAGGGAGUCAAACUAUGGCGGCAGACAACAAGCAGGGUCAGGGGCUCCUCGACCAACCAAAUCUUCUAUAGUUUGCAUAUCACCCAUAUCUACCUUAGAAUCAAAGUGGCUGCAUCUUGUUGCUGUUUUAUCAGACGGUCGGAGGAUGUACCUCUCCACUGCUCCAUCUAGUGGGAAUAACGGUGCUGUUCGAGGUCUUGGCACAAAUAACCGGAGACCAAGUUGCUUGAAAGUUGUAACCACAAGACCCUCUCCUCCGAUAGGGGUGAGUGGCGGGAUAGCUUUUGGAGCUCUAUCUGUAGUUGGAAGAUCUCAGAGUGAUGAUUUAUCUUUGAAGAUCGAAUCGGCGUAUUAUUCUUCCGGAACUGCUGUCCUUUCUGAUUCAUCUCCUUCCGCUGUUUCGUCUCUUCUGAUUGUGAAUAGGGAUCCUAGCACACAAUCUGGUAGCCUUGGGACAGGUGCAAGGGGUUCUCGUGCACUUCGAGAAUCAGUAUCGUCUCUUCCUGUCGAAGGCAGAAUGCUUUUUGUGGCAGAUGUUUUACCCUUGCCGGAUGCAGCAACCAUUGUGCAGUCUCUAUAUUCGGAACUAGAACUGUGUGGAUUUCAUAACUCAUGGGAGGCUUGUGAAAAGACUUCAACCAAACUUUGGGCUAGAGGUGAUCUUUCUACUCAACAUAUAUUACCUAGAAGAAAGAUAGUCAUCUUUAGCACAAUGGGCAUGAUGGAAGUAGUUUUUAACAGACCAAUUGACAUUCUGAGGCGAUUGUUAGAAUCUAACUCACCGAGAUCGUUACUUGAGGACUUCGUCAACCGUUUUGGUGGUGGAGAAGCAGCAGCAAUGUGUUUGAUGCUUGCUGCACGCGUAAUGAACACAGAAACCUUCAUAAGCAAUGUUGUUGCUGACAAGGCAGCUGAAGCUUUUGAGGACCCUAGAUUCGUUGGAAUACCACAAUUAGAAGGAAGUGGUGCAUUGUCAAACAAUAGAACUGCAGCUGGGGGGUUCAGCAUGGGUCGGGUUGUUCAAGAGGCCGAGCCUGUUUUUUCAAUGGCUCAUGAAGGCCUCUGCCUCUGCUCAUCAAGGUUACUUUUGCCGUUGUGGGAGCUUCCUGUUUUUGUCAUCAAAGGUGGGUCAGGAUCUUCUGAUGCUAUAUCUGAAGAUGGGGUCAUAACUUGCAGACUUUCUGUUGGGGCUAUGCGUAUCCUUGAAGACAAAAUUCGCUCUCUGGAGAAGUUUUUGAGGUCUAGAAAGAAUCUAAGGCGUGGACUCUAUGGCCGCGUGGCUGGUCUUGGAGACAUAACUGGUUCAAUUUUGAUAGGAACUGGAUCAGAUCUAGUUUCCGGCGACAGAAGUACUGUUCGAAAUCUAUUUGGUUCAUACCCCAGGAAUGGUGACUCCAGUGAGGGUGGAUCGUCAAAUAAAAGGCAGCGGCUUCCGUAUAGUCCUGCUGAACUGGCUGCUAUGGAGGUACGAGCUAUGGAGUGUAUCAGGCAGUUGCUUCUUAGAUGUGGGGAAGCCCUCUUUUUGCUCCAACUUCUAUCACAACAUCUUGUGACACGCUUGAUUCAAAGUUUUGAUGCAAAUACUAGGCAAGCUGUAGCUCAGUUAACGUUCCACCAAUUAGUUUGUUCAGAAGAGGGAGAUCGACUUGGAACAAGGCUUAUAUCUGCUUUAAUGGAGUAUUAUACUGGUCCUGAUGGCAGGGGAACUGUAGAUGAUAUUAGCAAUAGACUACGGGAUGGUUGUCCAAGCUAUUACAAAGAGAGUGAUUACAAGUUCUAUGUGGCUGUUGAAUAUCUUGAGAGGGCUGCUGUUACUUCUGAUUCAGAAGAAAGGGAAAAUCUGGCUCGGGAGGCUUUCAACAAUCUAAGCAAAAUUCCAGAAUCUGCUGAUCUACAAACUGUCUGCAAACGUUUUGAGGAUUUGAGAUUCUAUGAAGCUGUGGUUCGACUGCCUCUGCAGAAGGCUGAAGCUGCUGAUCCAGCAGGUGAUGCUUUCAAUGAGCAGAUAGACGCAGGGAUCCGAGAACACGCUCUUUCUCGACGUAUGCAGUGUUAUGAAAUAAUCACAAAUGCUCUACGUUCUCUUAAGGGCGAAACUUUGCGGAAGGAAUUUGGAUCUCCUAUCAGGCCUGUUUCCCAAUCAGUCCUCGAUCAAUCCUCUCGCAAAAAGCACAUAUGCCAGAUUAUUCAACUCGGUGUUCAAUCUUCAUAUAGAUUUUUCCAUGAGUAUCUGUAUCGAGCAUUGAUUGAUCUAGGUCUUGAUGAUGAGUUGUUGGAAUAUGGGGGUCCAGAUUUGGUCCAAUUUUUGCAAGAUGCUGGACGUGAUCCUUCUCAUGAGGUCCGGGCUAUUUCCUCGAUUGGAUCCCCAAUUUCUCCCAUGAGCCAGUCUAGAGUGCCUGUUGCAUCUUAUCAGAUAAAGUAUUUCGAGCUUCUGGCGCGUUACUAUGUCUUGAAGCGUCAGCACAUUCUUGCCGCUCAAAUAUUAGUGAGGCUAGCCGAAAGGCGCUCAACUGAAGCUGGGGAUACCCCAACAAUUGAACAAAGGCGGCAAUACCUGAGUAAUGCUGUUCUGCAGGCGAGGAGUGCCACUGAGACAGGCAAUGUUUCCAUGCGCGGUGCUAUUGACAAUGGGCUUCUUGAUUUGCUUGAAGGUAAGCUUACUGUUCUUCAAUUCCAGAUGAAGAUCAAAGAGGAAUUAGAAGCUAUGGCUUCAAGAUCGGAAGCUUCUCCCAUGGGGUCGAACUCUACCCCAAAUGGUUCAUCACCUGACAAUGGUCAAUCCAGCGAUGCCAAUUUUGUUCACGCGGUUCGAGAAAAGGCAAAGGAGUUAUCAGUGGAUUUGAAGACCAUCACUCAGUUGUACAAUGAGUAUGCUGUUCCAUUCGAACUCUGGGAGAUAUGUCUAGAAAUGCUGUACUUCGCAAGCUAUUCGGGUGAUGCUGACAGCAGCAUUGUCAGAGAGACAUGGGCUAGACUCAUCGAUCAAGCUCUCUCAAGGGGCGGUAUUGCUGAAGCUUGUGCUAUGUUGGCAAGAGUUGGUUCCCAUGUUUAUCCGGGCGAUGGAGCUAUGUUACCAUUAGAUACUCUCUGUCUUCAUCUCGAGAAAGCUGCACAGGAGCGAGUGGUUUCGGGUGCUGAGCACGUUGGAGAUGAAGAUAUUCCCAGGGCUCUUCUUGCUUCUUGCAAGGGUGCAAUAGAACCUGUGCUGAAUACUUACGAUCAGUUGGUUUCGAACGGAGCUAUUUUGCCUUCUCCGAGUUUGAGAUUACGUAUACUUCGGUCAGUGUUGGCAGUACUUCGUGAGUGGGCAAUGUCUGUAUUUGCACAGAGAAUGGGUACAAGUACUGCUGGAGCUUCUCUGAUUCUUGGUGGACCGUUUUCACUCGGUCAAACUACGGUUCUAAAUCAAGGUGUUCGCGAUAAGAUCACUAGUGCAGCAAAUAGGUAUAUGACUGAGGUGAGGAGACUACCCCUUACGCAGAGCCAAACGGAGGCUGUCUACAGGGGUUUCCGUGAGCUCGAAGAGUCACUCUUGAGUCCUUUCCCUUUCGAGCGGUUGUAGGUUCGUCUUUUUUUUUCUUUUUUCUUUUACAGAUUUGUUGUAUGAACAGCACUUGAAUAAGAUAAUUCUUGUUACUGUGUAAAUGACACUCAUAUAAUUUCAUUUGUAUCUCUUCUAGUUUGAGUGUCUAAUAUUUUUCUAU